GUGAUGUUGAAUACCGCCGAAAACGUGGCAACAAAACUGAGCGCUGUUGGCAUUUUUUUAAUAAAAAAAACUCCAGAUCAGUCAUUCACUCAACUAAGUACUAAUAUAAUAUAUAUUUUCAAUACUCUAAGUUUAUCGACGUCUAGCAGAAUGAAGUUUCAAAUUUUUUACACAGCCAUUGCCACUUUAUUGGUGACAAUUUGUGCUGAAGAAGAGCAGCAGCAGCCAGAAGCUGCGCGGUUACUAGUGUCAAAAUAUAUCCUCAAUAAAUAUCUUGUAGAAAAUAUGGACAUUAUUGUUAAGUACACAGUGUACAAUGUCGGUAGUGUAGCCGCACUGGAAGUUGAAAUAACAGAUAACUCAUUCCAUCCCGAUCACUUUAAUCAUGUUAGUGGUGAAUUAAAUGCUAGAAUCGAUCGUGUACCACCUGGCAGUAACGUGUCUCAUACUGUCGUUGUCAAGCCAAGGAAAUUUGGAUAUUUCAACUUCACUUCUGCAGAAGUUUUGUACAGACGUACUGAAGAUGCCCCAAGGCUUCAAGUUGCAGUAAGCAGCACCCCUGGAGAAGGUCUCAUUGUAUCUUACAGAGAUUACGCAAAGAAAUUCUCAUCCCAUGUUAUUGAUUGGAUUGCAUUUGCCGUUAUGACAUUACCUUCAUUAGCAAUUCCAUUUGCUCUCUGGUAUUCAAGCAAAAGAAAGUAUGAAAAAAUCUCAAAAAGUGCUAAGAAACACUAA